GGAGCCAAAUCGAAGCAGAAACAGAGCAGCAGCACCAGGGUGUCGACGCUUACUGGGGUUUCUGCUCUAUUUAAUAAACAGUGGAGUGCCGGUAUAUAGAUGGACUAAAUGUUCAGAAUAAAGCCUGUAUAAAUCGUGUGUCUGCCACCUCUACCGCCUCUCUCUGGAUGGAUACUAGAUCUGCCUCCGCUUCUCCCUCUGUGGUGGCCGGUCCUUCCUCCUUGUGGCGUCUGGCCGAGAGGAAGAACAGGAAGUCUGGCUCAGGAAACAUUUUCAGCACCGUGAACCUGUGGCAGCUCCAGAGGUUGUUUAGGGCAGCUGGAGAUGAGGAUGCCGAGCAGAGGGCCCAGCUCGUCUGGGGACACAGAGACGAGGCUAAACUCGCUCAGGCCUUAACAGCGCUUCGGAGUCGAGGUCACCGCAGAGCGCUUAGGACCAACGGAAGAGAUGCGAUGGGCUCGCACUGGCUGCGAGCCUUCAGCCACCUCAGGAUUGGAGAGACCUCUCCGAGGAGACAGGGAAAAGACGCUGGCGAGGACAGGGAUUUUAGAGCUGAGACAAAGAGAAGUCCAGAGUCCUACAGACACUCCUCAUUUGAAGCGCCUUCAGGAGAGAUUUGUGUCGAAUCGGUGUUAACUGAGAAACAAAACCCUGGUGGAAACUUUGACAGAGCAACUAGAACCAGCUCAGGACUGAGGAGGACAGGAGAAAGUAAUCCAGAGAGAUACCUGCACCGAAUACUUCACUGAGAAACAAAGAACAGGAAGAUGUCCAGGACAGAACAAGGAUGUGUAUGUUUGGCCUUUCCUUUGCUGCUCUCUCUCACUGUACUAUCACCUGUUGGAAAUGCAGUUCCACUAGUAUCUUCGCCUAAACCACAGACUGAUUCAAACCAUCUCAUAGCUUUAAAGAAAGGUUGUUGCCCACCUUCUGUUUGUUCUUAAAUUCAUAUUAGUAGUAACACUAAGAUGCAUAAGGAGAAUAAGAUGAUUGGCAUAAAAAAUGUAGGAUUUUGUUUUAUUAAAAUGUAUUUAUUUGGAAAAAAUAUAUCACCAAAUCUAUUACUUACUGAAAGCUCAGGUUGCUAAUAGACCAAAAAUAAUAUGUUGAAGUGCUUUUGUAAAAACAAGCACUUCUCUCAUCUGGAGAUUGGAAAACAUGUCUGGGAUUUUUGUUAGUUUUUUUCCAUAAACUUGAAAUGCUCCAUUUUGAACUCUGGGAAUAAAAUCUUUUUGAUUUUUA